AUGCGUUUCCCACCGUUCUUGUCGGCGGGCCCAUCACCCAUCUGCAAUUCGCAGGCAACACCUCGGACGGCGGCAAAGGCUUCAACCCCGAGGGCGGCUUUCUCGAAAGCAGAACGAGGCACCACUCCGCCCGCAAGGGCAAGAGACGCCAAGACCCCUCCCAAGGACUCGCCGUUCAAGCAGCAGCCGAUUCAAGCACUGGAGUCGAAGGCCGCGCAGCGCAACGACACCGUGCAGAGGCCCGUGGAGGCGCCGCGGGCGGCUUCCCGAAGUGCCGCGAUCCGGACAGGUCCGGCAUCAGAGGAGGGUCCAUCGCAAGAGGACCUUUGUGCAGAUCAAAUUCAUGACAGCUGGGAUGACUGUCUGGACGAAAGUGUCGACAAUGCAGGCAGAGCUUUCGCAGGUGAUAUGGCGGCGGUGCCAACCAGCGAUACAUUGGCCAGAGACCUAGUUAACCCAGCCAACAAGCAUCAUGAAGACAAAGACCGGUACCGGGAAGCGCCCGAGGCAUUUGCCAGCCUCCUCGACGCUCCAAUCGCAAAGCUGGACGCACGGGAGCCGACCCCCAAGCACAAGGUCAUCGUCUUACCCCCGAGCCGCAGAAAUGCACUGCGCAGCCCCUCCCCGGAGAACAACUCUCCAUUACUGCGCCUCACCCGGCUGCGAUCACCAGAGAUUUCACCACGCCUCCUUCGUCCCAUGCCACUCUUUGCGCAAACGGCAGCCCUGUGCGUUACGAAGCCCCGGGCGUUGCGUAUCCUAGAACGAGCUCGCGACUGGGAAGCGACACGAGAAGUGACAGACUUGGAGGCCGCACUCCCGCAGACCUUCAAGGCACAGCGUGGGUUCUUGUGUGGGGAGACCCCGAUCUGCCACGCCUCCCUUCGGCCGAUCCUCCAGCCAGGACUGAAGAAGUCGCGAGGGGGCAGGGCACAGUCUCCCGAUCUCGAAGUGGCAGAGCCCCUGGCAGUCCCCGUUCGAAGGGUGGAAUUUACCACAGACGAGGCGGGCCGCACAGACUUGAUGCAUGCAGCCCGGGAUGGCGACCUGGUCCGGUCCUCCACCUUGAUUUGUGCGGGCCUUCCGGUGGAUGCCACGGACUCCUGCAAAUGCACUGCUUUGAUGUAUGCCACCACAUACGGCCAUGUAGCACUUGCCCGUUUGCUCAUCGAGCACGGCGCUAAUGUCAAUGCACUCAGCCACGACAGAUGGACACCACUGAUCGCUGCGGUGUACAACGGCCACCUACCGGUGGCGAAGUAUUUGUUGUCAAAGGGAGCUAACAUUGAAUGUUCAGAUGAUAGGGGAUGGACAGCUCUGAUGCACGUGGCCUUCAACGGCAAGGUUGACAUUCUGCAGUGUCUCCUCGAACACCACGCAGACACGGAGCGAAAGGACAACGAGGGGAGGACAGCACUCGUCUACGCGGCCUUCAGCGGUCAUCUUCAGAGCGUGAAGCUUCUGCUGGCUGCAACGAAGCGCUCUGAGGGCGCAGACGGCGCAUGCUCUCUGGCUCUCAUGUUUGCUGCCGACAAGGGUCACAUGGAAGUGGCUCGCACCAUCCUAGAUGCCACCUUCGUCUCAGUGCGAGCGAGGGCGUCGGCACUGGAGCUUGCAACCCUCCACGGUCAUCAUGAAGUGGCACUGCCCUCAGAAUGCAAAAACUGGAAUUGGUUCCGUGAGUUUAGAGAUGCCGAUUGA